GGAAGAAAAAGGAAAUAAGAAAAGUCUGUAAAAUCAUCCGCAAAAAUGGUGGCUUAACGAACUAAACAGAAAAUGGCGUUAAUUUUCCCCUCAUCUUCAACCUUCAUCAGUUUCAGCCACAAAUCCCGCCAUCAACUUCACCAUCUGACCGCCAUUAAAGCACAGAACACGUCGUCAUCACCAGAGUCUGCCGAAUCAAGCGAUGAGACCUCUUCGUCCCUCAAAUCCGAGUCACCUCCCCUAGGGUUUGGCUCGACUUCUUCCGUUUCUACAUCAUUUCCGGUGAAGAAGCAGAAAGGUAAGAAGGAAAGAGCUCGGAUUAUUCGCCGAGAUCCUGUUGAAACUCCUAAAUUUGCUUCUCAACAAGCGGAAAGAGGAGGAGAGGCGUCAAAUGAGCAGGGCAUCAAUGAGCGCGCUUUUCUUCUUGCUUGGUUAGGGCUAGGUUCGCUAAUUAUUUUUGAAGGGCUUGCUCUUGCUGCUUCAGGUUUCCUUCCUGAAGAAUGGGAUGCUUUGUUUGUGAAGUAUCUUUAUCCAUCAUUUACCCCAACUGUGUUCUUGUUUGUUGCUGGAACAGUUGUCUAUGGAGUCGUUAAGUAUCUGGAAAAUGAGAAACCCAAUAGCUCAAAUUGAUCUUGCAUGUAAUCUUAUACUUUAUCUUUAUAUAAAGGGCUAAAUGUAAUAAAAAGCAAUCUACUUUCUAUUUUUUCUCUCAUUAUAGCAAUGAGUAAAUUGCUACCUGUUGUACCAAAUAAGUUCUUUUAUUAAUUAAUUCUUUUUUAUGUCA